UCGGCUCGACAGGGAGCCGAUCGCCUCGCGUUACGUCGCGCCCGUACAACUUGUAACGUCAAAAACUUUACGUAAAUAUUUAAACCACCUGUGGUUUUUAGCUAAAGCUGUAAAUACAAUAUCAGUGUGUUUAGCGACUCUGUAGCGAGCUGUUCGCUUACAAUUAAUUUAGUUAUCCUGCCCACUGUGGUCGGGAAUAAGAUCGUGUCUUCAGUUUUGUGGAAAGCAUCGGUAUCGAGUGCAUGCCAGAAAGAUCCUGUUGCACCUUUAAUAACGUUGGUGUACGAAAAUGGUGAUUCGGUGUCCGAGGCGAUCCUUGAAGUCGGUGAUUCGUGUAACGACGUAACCUAUUCCCAAAAAACAUUAUACAAUACUUAAUUUCCUAGAAAUUAUAUAAUUAACUUUAAACAAAUAACCAAUAUGAAUUUUAAGUUUAUAUCACUAGUCUUAACAUGGAAUUUUUUAUUGAUAUCUGCAAGACGAGAUUCGUAUGAAGACGAAGAAACAUCGAGAUCACGAGAGUUGAGGAAUAGAGAAAACAAUCGAAACAGAACUACAUUCAAUGGUACCCUCACUGAUAUCCCCGAGAGAAGGAAUCUAAGACAUAAAAACAGUUCAAGGUACCGUGGAGACAGACGAAGAUGGGACAGAGAACAUGAAAUAAGGAGAGAUAGACGGAAAGGAACGGAUGCUCAUUCACUAGAAGACAGUGUCAACAGGACGAUUGAGCCAUACAGCUUGAGAAAAGAUGAGAAAUCCAGGAAGGCGGAGAAACACUGGAACAGAAGUAGCGUGGAAAAGCCAUGGAACUCCGCAAGGAGGCCUAUUCCUCAGAGUAAAGCACAAGAAAGACCACAUGUUCCUGUGAGAGAGAACUCGACCAGAUCUAAAUUGAAGUCAACCAAUAAGUGGCAGACUGGUGGCUACAUCCCAUACCCUCAGCCGAGGGAGAGGAAACCUAAUAUCAUUUUGAUUCUGACUGACGACCAGGAUGUGGAAUUGGGCAGCUUGAACUUUAUGCCGAGGACCAUGAAGGCAGUUAGGAGCGCCGGAGCCGAGUUCCGUCAUGCUUACACCACCACGCCCAUGUGCUGUCCAUCAAGGAGUUCGUUACUGACGGGAGUGUACGUGCACAACCACAACGUGUAUACGAACAACGACAACUGCUCGUCCCCGAUGUGGCAGGCUACCCACGAGACCAACACCUUCGCGACCUACCUCUCCAAUGCGGGCUACCGGACCGGUUACUUUGGGAAGUACUUGAACAAGUACAACGGAUCGUACAUCCCGCCCGGCUGGCGCGAGUGGGGGGGCCUCAUCAUGAACUCCAAGUAUUACAACUACAGCAUCAACAUGAACGGCAAGAAGAUCAAGCAUGGAGAUGAUUAUCACAAGGACUACUACCCGGACCUGAUAGCGAACGACUCCAUUGCCUUCCUGCGCGCGUCCAAGCGCCGCUUCUCCCGCAAGCCAGUGCUGCUGGUGAUGUCCUUCCCUGCCCCACACGGCCCUGAGGACUCCGCCCCUCAGUACUCGCAUCUGUUCUUCAAUGUCACCACGCACCACACGCCGACGUACGAUAUGGCGCCAAAUCCAGACAAGCAGUGGAUUCUCCGCGUGACAGACAAGAUGAAGCCCAUUCAUCGCCAGUUCACGGACCUGCUGAUGACCAAACGACUGCAGACGUUGCAGAGCGUCGACAUGGCUGUAGAACGAGUUUAUCAAGAGUUAAAAGCUUUAGGCGAACUAGAUAAUACGUAUUUAGUUUACACAUCCGACCACGGUUAUCAUUUGGGACAGUUUGGCUUAGUAAAGGGAAAAAGCUUUCCCUUCGAGUUUGACAUCAGAGUGCCUUUCCUUGUACGAGGGCCAGGAGUGGAACCAGGCACGGUCGUUGACGAUAUAGUCCUCAACAUUGACUUGGCACCUACAUUCUUGGACAUGGGAGGCGUAGAACCGCCUGCACACAUGGAUGGACGGUCACUCCUGCCACUCUUGCAGCCGAGGCGCCGGCGUCAUGCCGCCGCGCACUGGCCAGACACGUUCUUAGUCGAAAGCUCCGGUCGACGAGAUAUCCCAGGUCUUGGCCACCGGUCCCGAGAGAACAAGUACAGUCGAGAGAUGAAUGAAAACAGAGCCACCACAUCACCUCCACAGUCCUCAGAGAGCGGAGACUUCGACGAGGACACGGAUGAUGAUGACUUCCUCGAACCGGAUGAUGACGAUGAUGAUGAAAGCACAGAAAGCGAUUCAUCUGAUUCACUGAAGAAGUCAUCGGACACGCUGAUAACUAACGAGAGCCACAACCCGCUGCUGGAAGCCAGUAUUGAGAAAGUGCUCGAUGCUGAAGAACAACCGAACUACCUUACACCAGGGAGCAAGCUGUUCGAACUAGCGGACGCAAAUGGACUAGAGGGGAAGGCAGCUCGCAUUGCAGCCGACUGUUCAAAAGCCGAGCUACGUGCACCCUGUUCUGCUGGCAGGAAAUGGAAAUGUGUUCUAGUGAAUGGACGUUGGAGGAGGCACAAGUGUAGAUAUGAGGCCGAAAUUAACCCAUCACAGUCAAAGAUGAGCACAAAGAAAUGUGCCUGCUUCACUCCCAGUGGACUUGUGUACACAAGGCUAGAAACUGACGGCACAAUAGCUCGGCGACUAGCAGAGGUCUCCAAAGAAAAUAACACUCGGAGUCGAAGAUCUAUAGACAAUGAGGUUUACGAACCUAACACGGUCGAUAGUAUUCUUAAAGAAAAUCCAAGCAUUGGACAUUUAGGCUUUAAGAACGAACCAGUAGAUGAGAUUGAAAGUAGAAAUACAAAGGACACAAUUGAUAAACUUAUAAAAGAAACUGAAGCAUUCCUAGAGGCUUAUGAACGUACCAAAGAAAAAAUAGAACAUAAAAGAAUUAAACGUAGGGCUCAGCAUUGGAACCAUAAUAAACAUAAAAAGAAUGAUGCAAUCAUUAACAGCAAUGAAUCUUCAUUAGAAUGUAAGAUAGAGAAAGAUGGAACAGUAAACUGUUCUCAACUCAUUUAUAAUGAUCUUAAAGCUUGGCAUACAAAUAGAUUGAGUUUAGAAGACCAAAUAAGACAAUUAAGAACAAAACUAGAAGAUUUAAAGGAAAUAAAGAGGCACCUAAAAACUGCCAAGCCAGUUGUUAUUGAAACUCAAACUUUACACCCUGCCUUCAUCAACAACCAUCUUUUUAAUAAAAGUUCAUCUCACGAACAUAACUCUUCAAAGGAACAUUUAAGAAAAGGCCGACUUCAUAGAAUUAAACCGAAACACAGAAAUAGCACUUCUCAGGAAAAGAAAUUCAGGCAUUCUAAUGAAUACGUGGUGCCCACGAUAAAUGCUAGAACCAAAGAAGGCGUGUUUGACAUUCAAUUGAAGAAUGAUACAAGCACUGUAGGUCCCACGAUAAAAACCUUCAAUCACGAAGUUGAUAAAUCCGAAGGAAAUACUGAUCAUAAAAUCGAAAUACAGAAACCGCAUGUCACGACGGUCAUUGUUGAUGGCAACUACGAACAAAACAGUGUUGAAGAUUAUAAAACUACACUUAACAUAUUAACGAGCACUGAUUCGAUAGGCACAACCGAUUAUCCGAUGAAUUUCGAUGCGACCACGAAACCUAUAAAUGAGAACCGGGAAAACUUGACCUCUGAGGGGUAUUUUUCGCAGAAUGUUAAUUACUUCACUUCGGCAAUAGAUAAGAUUCUAUCUACUGAGAGACCAACUAGUACAACGAGCAGACCAACAAGUUCUGAAACAACCACAACCAGUAGACCUUCGACCACGACGUCGAGACAUACGACUCUGAGUCCAUUGAGUCUUGGGCCAGCUCGGCUUGACGCCUCCGAAUACGAACAAAGGAAUCCAAAUAAGGCAACGUCAAAGAACAUGGGUAUCUUCGAGAAACCUGUUGAUGUAUUCCAAAGAAGACUUCACCCACUCUUCAUUGAAAAUGAGGACAAGCACGUCUGUUAUUGUGAAGAAAAUCGGAAAAUGAGAGGAGCGGCGCACAGUUACUUGGAAGCAGCACAGAAAGCGAGGGAAGAACAGAGAAAACGAAAAGCCCAAUUACUUCAAAAGAAAUUAAGGAAAGCUAGAAAGAGGGCGGAAUUAGAGAAACUAUGCGAAUCCGAGCGUAUGAACUGCUACAGACACGACAACGACCACUGGAGGACGGCGCCUUUCUGGACAGCCGGUCCUUUCUGCUUCUGUAUGAGUACCUCCAACAACACCUACAACUGCGUUAGGACCAUCAACGCCACACACAACUUGCUCUACUGCGAGUUUAUAACCGGCCUGGUCACUUACUACAACUUGAGAAUCGAUCCGUUUGAAACUCAAAACCGAGUAAAAUAUUUAACACCGGCUGAGAAGGAUUAUUUCCACAAUCAGUUACAGCAACUACUCAGCUGCAGGGGUCCUUCGUGUCGACGAUUCUCGCAUUCUAAUCCAAAUGGCAGCAGUGAAGAAACUGCCAACAGACGAUUUGACGAUCGCUUCGAGGACCACUUGUACAGAGGCGAUACUGUAGGAUACAAUGAGAGGGCUUGGCGGUGGAGCUACGGCCGACGCUACGCACGAGCGAGAGAGCUGCACAGACGCAGGCAUAUGAUGCCGUACUAGUCUACAUAAUGUAAAUAUCUUUGGAAAUUAAAGUGACAAGCAGCUUUUAAACAAGAACUGCUUUUUUAUAAUGAGGACUUUGUCAGGCAGCAUGGGGCGGGAGCAAUAACGAUAAUUUGUUUAAAUUAGACAAGUAAAGAGCUGGGUUACAGCAAUGGAUUGUUAUGAGAAAUGUAUUCUCGAUGCAAGUUUUGAUAUGGUGAAGAUGUUAGAAUAGAAUUCAUGGAGAUUGUUUACAUCUUAUUAAACAGAUCAACUUAAGUCUUCUUAUGUAAUGAUCUAAACAGUCUGAUUUCUGAUAUUUCUAAGUGACUAUAUCAUUUAUAAUAUUUAUUCUAAUGUAUUCUUACUAUACAUCGAAAGUAGUAGGGCUUCCUAUAUUAGAUAUAUUCUACAUUCUAUGUAAUUGUUCUAUGUGGCUGUAUUUUCUGUCUUCAGAAUUGUUGGAUAUCAAUAUAUCUAAAUAACAUUUUCUAGAAUAUUUCAAAAAGUCUAUAAAGUUUCACUGCCUAACACAAAUAAGAGAUUUGAUAAAUAAUUCUAUACUCAAGUUUUUUUACAUAGGUAAAUACAUUGAACAAAUGUAGCCAUAAGAAGGAAAUAAACCAUUAGUUGGUCAGUUGGUACAAUUAACUUUAAAAAUCUGUCUUUCCAUGAGUCUGUGUAUGAUUAGCUUUAACAAAAUAUUCUGCAAUUAUUAUCCAAGUAAUAUUAUUGUUAUACUUAGCUUCAGCAGGACUACACGUUUUGUGAGAGUACCGCUUAGUUGGGAGAUAAAGUAUGACAUGUAAUUAUGGAAAUGAAGUACCCAUAGUGGGACAUACUCAUUGAAGUUUGUUGUAGAUGUUAUGAUGUAAAAGUAUGCCUGUAGUACACUCGCUAUUUAUGUAGUAGACAUUAAUGAAAGUGAUAUUAAACUGUUGCCAUUGUGAUGAUAAUGUGUAUUGGUUGUAAUAAUAAAAUUAUUGGAAAACAA